AAUUGAAGUAGGAUAUAGUCCUUGGUUUGACUCAAAUAAGACAGAUGUUGAUAUAGAAUUUCAAAGAAAUGGAACAUUACAAUGUAUUGUACAUGGACACCCUGUACCGAAAAUAACUUGGUCAUAUCAAAAUGGAAGCGAAGUACUGCCAAAACGAUUUACAAGAGGACCACAUUGUUCUAUGACCCUUACAGAUGCACAACCUGAAGAUGAAGGUUUAUAUAUUGUUAUAGCAAAAAACGAGUAUGGAUCAAGCAGAAACGUUUAUAAAGUACAUAUAUCUGGAAUGGAAAAACCAACAUUGGCAAUUAGCGAACGUGAUGCAGUAUCAAUUGUAGGUAAAGUAAAAGAAUUACCAUGUACUGUUUUGAGAGGAAAACCAUCUCCAAAUACUACAUGGUAUAAAGAUGGUGAAAAAUUAGAAAACGAUGACCUUACGACGUUAGGAGGCAAAAUAUUUACAAAUGGAUCUAUUGUCUUUGAAAAUGUCAAACUAGAAAGUGAAGGAAUCUAUGAAUGUGAAGUUAAAAAUAUUUUUGGGGCAGCAAGGAAAAGAAUAAAUCUCAAAGUUCAUGCUAUUCCAAAUUGUGCUGAUGAAAGGAACGUGAUUGUAGUGAGAAAGGGUAUUUAUACAGAAUUACCAUGCAAUAUGUAUGGAGUGCCGAAACCAACAGUAAUAUGGCUUAAAGAUAAGAAGAAAUUGGAUACGUCAUUUUAUAGAUACCCAACAGGCAACUUAGUUAUUCUAUCAAGUACUACAGAGCAUAACGGAACGUAUGAAUGUAUAGUUCAAAAUGACGCUGGACACACAAAAAAACUAGUUGAUCUUCUUGUCCACUUUAUUCCUCACAUUGUUCGACCGGGUGAUAACAAAAUAAUAAUAAAAAGAGGUGAAAAAGCUGACUUAAGAUGUAAUGUUAAUGCAUUUCCUCCAGCCAAAAUCUUUUGGCUGAAAGAUGGACACCCAUUCAACGAUGCAUCAAUCAUUUAUAUAGAGAAUUCUUCAAAUUUUUCGUUAACUGGAAGUACAUCAUCUGAUGGCAAAUACACAUGUGUUGCCGAAAACGAAGAAGGAAAGGACUAUAUAGACAUAUUUAUCUCAGUGCAAGAGAAACCGAAAUUCAAACAGUAUGAAGAAGACAUUAUCUUUUUUAAAGGAGAAAAUGUAACACUUUCCUGUGAUGACGAUGGUCUGCCAACACCUACAUACUCUUGGUAUACAGCAUUUAACGAAUAUUAUUCGUUAACAUUGGAUCGACACGAC